GCGUUCGCAUGCCGGAGAGGCGGAGGUUGCUGCAGGCCCCGCACUCACCGGAGGAGGUGGAGGACACGGAGGGAAUACCGCAACCCUGGAUUAACCCUGUCACAACCGGACCGCGCGGUUAGAGUCCGCGGGAUUUUCCGGUUCCACCGGGGACAGGAUGAAGGUAACGGUGAGCUUCGGACGGACCCGGGUAGUGGUGCCCUGCGGGGAAGGCAACCUGAAAGUUUCCAGCCUCAUCCAGCAAGCGGUGACCAGGUACCGGAAGGCCAUAGCCAAGGACCCCAGUUACUGGAUAAAGGUCCACCGCUUGGAGCACGGGGACGGAGGCAUAUUGGAUCUAGAUGAUAUUCUUUGUGAUGUGGCCGACGACAAAGACAGACUUGUAGCUAUUUAUGAUGAACAAGAUCCGCAUCAUGGGGGAGAUGGCACCAGCGCCAGCUCGACUGGCACACAAAGCCCGGAAAUCUUUGGCAGUGAACUUGGAAAUAACAGCAUGUCGGCCUUCCAGCCGUACCAGGCGACGAGCGAAAUCGAGGUCACCCCCUCAGUCCUGAGAACAAAUAUGCCGCUGCAUGUUAGGCGCAGUAGCGAUCCUGCGCUGGCUGGACUAGUGACUUCUGUUAGCGACAACAACUUUUCAUCAGAGGAGCCGUCACGGAAAAAUCCAACGAGGUGGUCUACAACCCCGGGCUUCGCGAAGAAGAAUUCCAGCGCAGGCCAGGGAUCCAAGGAACGGAAGAAAGAUGAGAACUACAGGAGUCUGCCCAGGGAGUCCAGUAACUGGUCUAAACAGUUUCAAAGGGAUAAUGCCCGCUCUUCACUGAGUGCCAGUCACCCACUGGUGGACAAGUGGCUAGAGAGGCAGGAGCAGGAUGAAGAUGACUCUGAAGAAAACAGCCGAGUGGAGCCCGUAGGCCAUGCAGAUACUGGCUUGGAACGAACUUCAAGUUUCUCCUUAGACGACAUGCUGAAGUUGGUUGAAGUCUCCAAUGACGGAGGGCCUCUCGGUAUACACGUAGUGCCUUACAGUGCCCGAGGCGGAAGAACCCUGGGAUUGUUAGUAAAACGUCUGGAGAAAGGUGGCAAAGCCGAACGAGAGAAUCUCUUUCACGAAAACGAUUGCAUUGUUAGAAUCAACAAUGGUGACCUUCGCAACAGAAGAUUUGAGCAGGCACAGCAUAUGUUCCGUCAAGCUAUGCGCUCACCCAUGAUUUGGUUCCACGUGGUCCCGGCGGCAAACAAGGAACCGUAUGAGCAACUAUCCCAAAGCGAGAACAAUAGUUAUUACUCGAGUCCGCAUGCUCCUGACUCUCAUUACGUCGAUAACAGAAAUUUCCAUAGCUCUGUUCCUGAUCAGGCACUACAGAGGGUUCCUAGACCGGGAACAGAGCCAACGGACUCUUACUCACACCUACCUCACAGUAUAACCUCCGCAGGAAAACCACCAACCGGCCUCACACCGUCACCGCAUCCCGUUAGUUCCCCUCCCAACAGCGGAUACACUACAAGGAAAGGAAAAAAGCUGCACAUUCAGCUGAAGAAAGGUGCGGAAGGACUGGGGUUUAGCAUAACCUCAAGAGAUGUCCCUCUCGGGGGCUCCGCUCCGAUCUACGUCAAGAACAUUCUUCCCAGAGGAGCCGCCAUACAAGACGGCAGACUGAAAGCUGGCGACAGGCUCUUAGAGGUAAAUGGUGUCGAUUUAACAGGGAGGACACAAGAGGAGGUGGUCUCAUUACUACGAAGCACCAAAAUGGGGGGAAGCGUCCAUCUCCUUAUCCUCCGGCCAGAAGAGUCUCUGCACCCUCGAGAACUGAAUAACGAACCAAACCAGAUACCAAACACGAGAGAAUCGAAAAUAGAAGACGACGAUCUCGUUCUAACUCCUGAUGGAACAAGAGAAUUCUUAACGUUUGAAAUUCCUCUGAAUGACUCCGGUUCUGCCGGGCUUGGUGUUAGCGUGAAGGGAAAUCGGUCAAAGGAAAACCACGCUGACCUGGGCAUCUUCGUAAAGUCCAUUAUACACGGCGGAGCGGCCUCUAAGGACGGGAGGCUUCGUGUUAAUGAUCAGCUGGUGGCAGUCAAUGGCGAGUCUCUUUUGGGUAAAACGAAUCAAGAUGCCAUGGAGACGCUACGGAAGUCCAUGUCAACGGAAGGGAACAAGCGGGGCAUGAUCCAGCUUAUCGUAGCACGAAGGGUAAAACGGAACGAGUUGGAGUCACCUGGAAGCCCCUCCGGUCCUGAAUUACCCGGCGAGACAAUGCUGGAUGACCGGGAACGCAGAAUAUCCCACUCCAUGUAUAGCGGCAUCGAAGGCUUUGACGAAUCGCCCACAAGGAACGCCGCGUUAAGUAGGAUAAUGGGUAAAUAUCAGCUUUCCCCGACGGUGAACAUGCCGCAGGACGACACCGUCAUCAUUGAGGAUGACCGAGCCGUGGCGCUGCCGUCCCAGCACUCCGACCAAUCAUCUUCCAGCUCCCACGAUGGCGUCGGAUGUAUAGCUGACCCGGCUGCCGCCUGGCACGGCACGGUGGCUAGUGAAUCCACAGAGAGCACCCUGAGUCCCGAUGCCGAUCCAGCUCUAGCCUUCCAGAGAGAGGGAUUUGGCCGCCAAAGCAUGUCUGAGAAACGCACAAAGCAAUUCGGAGACGCCAGUCAAAUGGAGUUUGUGAAGACACGGAAAUCCAAGAGCAUGGACCUAGUAGCCGACGAGACUAAGAUCAGUGCAAUGGCUGAACACAACGCAGGUUCUCCAAGCCGAGACGUUGGGCCUUCAUUAGGUCUGAAGAAAUCCAGCUCAUUAGAAAGUCUGCAGACAGCCGUCGCCGAGGUGACUUUGAACGGUGACAUUCCUUUCCAUCGCCCACGCCCGCGAAUUAUUAGAGGACGAGGCUGCAACGAGAGCUUCCGAGCCGCCAUAGACAAGUCUUAUGAUAAACCGCCGGCCGACGACGAUGAUGAGGGCAUGGAGACGUUGGAAGAAGACACAGAAGAGAGCUCCAGAUCAGGUCGAGAGUCCGUGUCUACUGCCAGCGACCAGCCCUCGCACUCUCUGGAGAGGCAGAUGAACGGGUCCGGCCAGGACAAAGGGGAUCGCAAAAAGGACAAGCAUGGCAAGGAGAAGAAGAAAGACCGAGACAAGGAUAAAAACAAAGCUAAAAAGGGAGGCGUUUUAAAAGGCCUUGGAGACAUGUUCAGGUUUGGCAAAAAUCGAAAAGAUGACAAGAUUGAACACAGGGAAUCAUGGAAACUGAAAAUGCAAGAAGCCCACCCUUCAGACGCUGAGCGGAUACGCAUGAGACAAGAGCAGGAGAGAAUUCAAGCAAAAACACGAGAGUUCAGGGAAAGGCAGGCGAGAGAAAAGGACUACGCGGAGAUUCCGGAUUACUCGCUGGACGACCCAGCGUACGCAGGGACCGGCCUCUACGACAGCAUCGCAAAUAGCGGCAACGUGAGCUUGCACUCCAGACCCCAGAGUCCAAGAGAUGGAAAGCAAAUUGAAGCGCUCUAUGCUCAAGUGAAGAAACCAAGAAACCCAAAGCCUCCACCUGAAGACAGCAAUCGAUCAACUCCAAGCAAUCAUGACCGGAUACAGCGUCUCCGCCAGGAAUUCCAGCAAGCGAGGCACGAAGAUGAUGUAGAUGAACGCAGGCGGACGUAUAGCUUCGAACAACCUUGGCCAAACAACUCAACGUACAAUCAGACCGGACGACAUUCGGUGUCUGUCGAAGUUCAGAUGCAAAGGCAAAGACAGGAGGAACGAGACAGCUUCCAGCAAGCACAGCGCCAGUACAGUUCCCUACCCAGGCAAAGCAGGAAAAAUCCUAGUUCAGUGUCUCAGGACUCCUGGGAUCAGGCAUAUCCCCCCGGUGAAGGCUUCCAGAGCGCUAAAGAGAACCCCAGGUAUUCCAGCUACCAGGGAUCGAGGAACGGCUACACGGGCGGACAUGGCUUUAACGCUAGAGUUAUGAUGGAAACGCAAGAACUUCUCCGACAGGAACAGAGACGGAAAGAACAGCAACUGAAAAAAAAGGUGUCCUCGGACGGCUCCAACAAUUACGACUCUUACAAAAUGAUCUCUGAUUCCAAUUACGCCCAUCCCAAAGGUCCCUUCAGGCAGGACGUUCCACCAUCUCCAUCUCAGGUCGCACGGCUGAACAGAAUACCACAGCAAGAACCCGGACGGCAGUUUUACUCCUGAGAAACCUUUACGUGGGGGAGGGGUGAAGAAAAAAAAAAUAAAGCAAUAAAGAUUUUCAUGAAAGACGUAAUAUUUUUAACAGGAUGGUACUGUGGUGCGUAUCUUGUCCGGUUUCAGUGCCUUUAGCGGUUGGGGCAAAGCAGCAGUGGACCUUUUCCUGCCCCUUGUGCUCUUGGUCUGAAGGCUUCUUAUCAUGGAAGGAUUUAUCACAAUAAGACAAUCACUUAAUAAAAUUAAAUAUAACAACGCAAAUUACACUGUUCAGCCCAAGUUUAAUCAAAUCCCUGCCGGUGCUGGCUAAGUUGUGUUUUGCUUUGCAAUGAAUAUUUUAUGUCAUAUCAUGAAAAAAAAAAAAUAA